AUGGUGAAACCUACCGUCCUCAUCGUCGGAACACCUGACACUAAACUUGACGAAAUACUCUUCCUCAGAGAGCAAAUCCUUGCCGAGGGGACGUGCAGCACCAAGAUCCUCAAUGUUAGUCACAGCAUACCAGCCAAACUGAGGGCGCCAUUGGAAAGCAUCCCGUCGGACGAGGUCAUUUCUCCUCUUGAACAACAUAGCUCCACCCUGAAAGAGCUCUCUCGCGGCGAGUACAUCGACAAGGCCAUCGAAAUAUGCACGCCGGUGGUCAAAGACCUGGUCUCGAGAUCGGCUGUUCAAGGUAUUGUCUCUGCAGGCGGGAGCAGUGGUUCGUCGCUCGCAACGGCCUUGAUGCGCCUCACAUGUCCCGUCGGAUUCCCCAAGCUCAUGGUGUCGACCAUGGCAAGCGGUGACAUCAAGCACUACGUCGAGGAAACCGACAUUACCAUGAUGUACAGUGUUGUGGACAUUGCAGGAGUGAAUUCCAUCCUCAAGCGCAUUUUGUCCAAUGCCGCUGCUGCCAUCUCCGCCAUGACAGUAUCGUAUGCCAAAUCCCUCGUCGAUGCUUCUGCCGUUACCGCCAAAGGUAAGCGUAUUGCCAUCACCAUGUUUGGCAAUACCACGCCUUGCGUCGACGCCGUGCGUCACAUCCUCACCUCGGCGCCCCAUGACGCUUCCGACUAUGAGAUCUACGUCUUCCACGCAACUGGCUCCGGCGGCCGCGCCAUGGAACGUCUUAUUGCGGAAGGGCAGAUUGACGCCGUGGUUGAUCUGACCACCACAGAAAUCCCCGACGAGCUCUUUGGCGGCGUCUUGACUGCAGGGCCCGACCGACUCGAGAUUGCAGCCAAGAAGGGUCUUCCCAUGAUCGUCUCCGUCGGAGCCUGCGACAUGGUCAAUUUUGGGCCCAAGGACACCGUGCCGGAGAGAUACAAGGACCGGCAAUUGUUCGUGCACAACCCGGCCGUCACGCUGAUGAGGACGACACCGGACGAGAACAGAAAGAUUGGUCAAUUUAUCGUCGACAAACUGUCCGCCAACGCCACCAACCCGGGGACCAUCCGUGUCCUGAUUCCGGAGAAGGGCAUAAGCAUGCUGGACGCGGCCAACCAGCCGUUCUUUGACGAAGAGGCCGACAAUGCGCUCUUCGACACGAUCCAAGAGGGCCUUGAGGCCACCGAGAUCGAGGUGGAGAAGCACGACUUGCACAUCAACGACGAAGCCUUUGCCGGCCACAUCGCGAGUGCGAUCCUCGAAGUCAUGGGCAUCACGCAGAGGAACUACCGGCUGGCGAACGCGAGGCGGCGAAAAUGGAGCUUCGACCACGGCGCGUCCGUCAUGUUGGCCAGGCGGAGCAGUCAGAUCGAGAUUCCGGACGCUUGA